AUGAUCAAGACCAUUUUUAUCAAAAAUGAUAUAUGGAGUCCUUAAUUUGAAAUUUUUGAAGUAAUUACAGCACAAUAAUUGACAGUUGAAAAAAUCUAGAUUAUCAAUUAAGAUUUGAUUAUGGGAUUUUCAAAAUCUGAACAACAUAUGAAAAUUUGGAGUGUUUCAAAGAGAUAAGCUGUUUUUGAGCAUUUUUUUAAUAAAAAAAAAGUGAACGAAUUGUUGAUUAUAUAAAAUUUAAAUGAUUUGGUAGCUUAUUGUUUUUCAGAUAAAUAGGUUUAAGUUUGGAGAUUAGAAUUUAAAAAUAGAUUCUGUUUAUAGUAUGAAUUAAGUUAUGAGUAAUAGAUAAAGAAGAUUAAAAUAUCAUAUAAACCUUUUUUACUUGGCACAUUACAUAAUGAUUAAUAAAUUAGAUAAUUAAAAAAAGAUUAGUUAGAAUUAAAUUUUGUAUAAUAAUCAUUACAGAUUGAAGAUUACAGUUUUUUUUAAAAUUAAAAUUUUCUAGCUAUUAUGUCUAAGAAAGGAUUUGUGUAUAUAUUUUCAAUUAAAUCUAAAAAAUACGUUAAAUAAUGGAAUGCUCAUUAGUAAGGUUAGUGUUCUAUUGAUGGUAUUGAUAAGGAUUAAUUAAUUAUUACUUAAGCAAAGGAUUGCUCCAUUAAAAUUUGGCAUAUGGGAAGUUAUCACUUAUUAAGGGUUAUAGAUUCUAGAAAAAUGUCAAUAUGUUAAUAUGAUAUAUCAAGUUAUACUUUAUUGAUGUCAACAUUUAAGCCAUCAUUAGAUAUAAUUAGUUUAAAAACUGGUAAAUUGAUUUAAAGUCUAGAAAUUGAUUAUCCAAUAUUGAAAAUAGAAAUAGAAUUUGAAAGUCAAUUAAUUGCAAUACUAGACUAUGAAUUUCAGAUUAUUUUAUUAAGAAAAAAAUAAUAUUGA